GCGGAUGGAGGAGCUGGAGGAGAGCGUGCUGGAGAAAGACCAGGAGCUGCUGCGCCUCACACAGAUCGUCAGCAGACUGCAGGGAGAGGUGUCAGGUAAGCUGAGUGAUAAGGAGCAGACGCUGGAGGAGGAGAUCCAGCUGCGGGAGCGUGUGCAGCUGCAGUGCAAACAAGCCGAGAGGACGGUGGAGGAUCUGCGCAUGGAGCUGCAGACGCUGGGACAGUCCAGAGACGAGCUCUCCAAACAGCUCAAGGUGGCUCAGGAGAAGAUCAUCGAUCUGGAGGCAGAUCUAGAGGAGCUGCAGGAGAACGAGCAGCGAUGGGCGUCCAAACACAAGCGAGCUCUGGAUCAGUCGGAGCAGCUGCAUAUCAAGCUCAUCCAGGAGAAAAAUCUCAACGAUCAGCUGGAGUGUGAGAAGGCCAUCCUGGAUAGACAGCUGCGGGAUCUGCGCAGAGAGAUGGAGGAGCUGCAGAAUAACAGAGUGGAGGUGGACUCAAUCACCAGAGCCGAGAUUAAAGCCAAAGAACUGGAGAACACACUGCGCGCCGAGGAGAGGAAUAAAGUGGUGAUGAACAACACCAUCAGCAAACUGGAGAAGAAGAUCCACGAGCUGAUGGAGCAGAUGGAGGAGGAGCACAAGAUCUCCACCGAACAGAGAGAGCUGAUGAAUCAGCGCAUCCGUUCACUAAAGCGGCAGCUGAACGAGGCCGAGGAAGAGGCAAGUCGACGAGACGUCCAGCACCGACACACACACAGAGAACUGAUGGAGGAGAGAGAAACUAACAGCCGCCUGCAGAGACAACUGCUGGACCAACAGCUGCACAACAAGAGGAAAGAGUCGAGACAAACUCUGGAAAGCCUGAAGCUGAACCUGAGUGAAGAGGAUGAUGAUGAUGAGGAAGAGCAGCAACAGAGCCAAUCCAAACCCACAGAGAAGCAGAUCUCUCAGGUGUGACAGGACCAGACCUAACCGCAGCUAAAACUGACAAAACCCAAUGUAAACCUGCUGUUUCCCCUCAAAUAUCAAAGACUUCAAACCAAAACAGAUCACACAAACCACUUGAGUCCAGGUCUACGAGAGAGAGAGAGAGAGAGAGAGACCGGAUCCAGAGAAGCUCC